CACGGGCGAAAUAGGAGCGGAGACACGAUCCGCCGACAAAUCCCCGGACUGCCAAGCUGCAGCUGGGGCUAGCGCUGCCGAAGCGCGACUUUGGAAAAUCGAGUUUCAACUUGCUGUCAAGGAGUUGGCCCAUCAAGUGGGAAGCGGAACAAGCCCAUGAUCAAUUGAAAUCAUGGAGUUUCGCCAGGUCGUCCAUUGCGUCCGUCGCUCCGCGGCGGCAGCGACGAGGCCAUCACUCGCCAGCACCCAGCCCUCACCCUCGGCCAUCCUCCUCCAGCACCACCAUUUCACAACAAACACCAAGCCGCAGCAGCAAGAAGCCGCCGCCGCCCAGCCGCAAUUCUCGGCCCCUCUGCACGCCCGCAUCGACCAGGUCCGCACCUCGAUCCCCCAGCCCCGGUUGACAAUGCCGCCGCGGCCACCGCCUCUCCGGAGCAGUCCCUUCUUCCAAAACCAGACAGGGAAGAAAGCCCCGGGCUGGGUGUCCCCAACCAGCCAACCCACCGGCACCACACGCAGCACCACGCUCACGGGCCGGGCACCCACUGCCCCGUCCACCACUACAGCCGAGGAGGACCCGUACAGUCUGUUCACACAGAUCAACGCCGACAUGGAGCGGUCGACGGGCGGGGGGGGCACGCUGCCGACGUGGAACGAGGACGAGUUUCUGGGAAAGCACUACGACGUAUCGGAGCCGGCGCUACGGCUGCGGCCGUCGACGGGCCGCACGAUCCACGUCAAGGGCCACGUGGACGUGGCGCGCGGGUUCCGGCUGCUGCAGCGCGCCGUGGCGCAGAACGGCAUCAAGCGGGAUGUGUUCCUGGCCAGGGCGCACGAGCGGCCCGCGCUGAAGCGCAAGCGGCAGAAGCGCGAGCGCUGGCAGGCACGGUUCAAGAAUGGAUUCAAGGCCACGAUUGCGAGGGUUAUGGAGUUGAAGGGCCAGGGGUGGUGAACAUGGGCUUUGCGGGGAGGUGUGUUGGCUAUCAUCCAUGGGUGUAUAGAAAGCUCGGGGAAUGGUAGAUCGGGCUGGGAAGCGACAUCUAUACAUGCUAUGGUGCUGAAUCUGGUUUGCAUGCAAGCUGUAUUUGUAGUAUGUCCCUUUGAACACGAGAAGUGGGACUGUGCAAAAAGCAUUCAUAACAACUCGUUACGGACAUUAUCCUCCAU